AUGGCGGCUGCCAAUGCCGGUUUAGGCCUGCUCUUGGAGACGACGGCGGCUCAGCAGCGGAAGCAGCACCAGCUGCGCCCACCAGCAGCAGCUCAAAUCACAAGCAAAGCCACCACCCUCCUCGCCACCAACACCGCGAAGAGCGACGUCGUCAAGGGCACCUCCGCUUCCUUUAGCCGCUCCUCCUCUCCCCGUACACCACCGCCGACGACGUCGGCGAGCUGCUCGUUCCUGCAGCGGUGCUUCUUCUGCCACAGGGAUCUCGCCGAGGGCAGGGACAUAUACAUCUACAGAUGCGAAAGGGCGUUCUGCAGCGAGGAGUGCCGCUGCCGGCAUAUCCUGGCAGAGGAUGACGACGACGACGACUGCGCCUCGGUCGGGGUCGUGGUUGGCGGUUUCACGUUCUGA